CCAAUAAUUCAACAGGAUUAACCAUCUCCUACUUUGUUAGUUAACUCAAUUGUUUUGAUAUGAGAAGGAUGGUUAUGGUUUUGAUUUAAAUAUAACUUAUAGCAUACCACCCAAAUGAAAAAUAUAGAAAAGAACAAGACAAGCCAGCUAUUUGUGGAAAUGUGGAUGGGGUUGAAGUAAAAGACAUUUGAUUGGAAGGUAGGGAGACAUGACCAAAGCUGGGUGGCUGGCUGGUUCAUUGUUUCAAUUUUGAUGAUGUAACCGAGACAGAGUUAUUGGUAUUUAUUGAUGUUAUAAAAAGAAGGAAAGAGGAAAGGGCCAUGGGAUAUACAUAUACAUAAUACAUAUUAUUAAAGGGUAAGGCAGGUAGUGAAGGUCAAUGGAUCCUAAGGUAUUAGCGUUGAUUGGUAUUGGACUUAGAAUCUUCGUCUUCAUAUGUCUCCUCAUCGCCUUGGUCGUAAUUGCCACUGACAAAUUGUCCCUCAUUAAUGGCUUCAAAGCAACCUUCAAUGAUAUCCAUGGAUACAGGUACGUGUUGUCUGUUGCAGUUAUAGGGUUAGCCCAUACAAUUUUACAACUGGGUUUCUCCAUAUACCAUGUGCUUACCCAAAACAUACCCUUUUGGAAUGGACUUCCACAAGUCAACUACUACGCUGACCAGGUCAUAACUUGGAUGUUGGCCACGGGGGUUGGAGCUGGCUUUGCGGUCUCCCGAGAGCUGAAAAGUUAUGUGGAUUCAAGAACUAAGAAGGAAUUUGGGGAUAACGAUUAUGGGUUCUUCAGUCCAGCAAUCGAGGAGCAGAAAUCAUUGAUAGAUGAUUUCUUCAAUAAGGCCACUGUUGCCACUGCCAUUCUCUUCCUUGCUUUCAUCUCCAUGGCCACUCUCCUCCUUCUCUCUCCCUUCAAUCGGAUCAAACCAACUCCUCUUCCCGCACAAGAUCCCGAGGCCCAAAAGUCUGAGGCCCAAUCUUCACAGGUCCAACAUACGGAGGCCCAAUCAUCGGAGCCCCCUUCUAGUUGAUUUUUGGUUCUCUAUAGCCAAUUCUGUUGUUCCAUUCCUCACUAAUCCAGGAUCAUUAUAGUUUUUUUUAAUAUUAAUAUAAUGUAGUUGUUGAUUUCUUAUGUUUAAUUCAAGAACAAAGCUAUUGUUAUGGUAAA